AGGAAAUCUAUUCUAUUUAUUUCUGCCCUUCUUCUUCCAUAAAUCGAGCCUCUAAGUAUUUGCAUCCAUCCCUACACAAGUUUUGAUUUUGCCCUGUUCACCUCCAGGAAUCCGCGAUUUGAAUUUUGCUUUUGAAAUUGUUUGAAUCGGCUGUCCGAUUGAUUACCAGUUCUAGGGUUUUAGCUUCCAAUUUGUUUACACAUGGCACCGGCGGAACCCAACAGCAGCGGCGGCGCCGCCGCUACUAAAGACCCAGCGCCGGUGAAGGUUCCUUCCAAGGACCCUAAAAAGAAGGACGAUAAGAAGGAUGAAGAUCUCUCAGAGGAGGAUUUGGCAUUGAAGCAGCAGUUGGAGUUGUACGUUGAGAGGGUACAAGACCCAGAUCCUGGACUGCAGAAAGUUGCCCUAGAAAGCAUGAGGCAAGAAAUUCGUAUGGCAACCAGCUCUAUGACCUCGGUUCCGAAGCCACUGAAGUUCUUGCGUCCUCAUUAUGGAACUCUACAAGCACAUUACGAGAACAUGGUUGAUUCCGAUUUAAAGAAACUGCUUGCAGAUAUUCUUUCUGUUUUGGCCUUGACGAUGUCCCCUGAAGGAGAAAGGGAGAGCUUGAAAUACAGAUUACUUGGUUCAGAUGGUGAUAUUGGCUCUUGGGGUCAUGAAUAUGUCAGGAACUUGGCUGGGGAAAUUUCUCAAGAGUAUGCAAAACGACAGAGUGAAGAAGGCCCAAUUGAUGAUCUGAUGGACCUGGUGGUGCAAAUUGUUGCAUUUCAUAUGAAGCAUAAUGCUGAGCCGGAGGCGGUAGAUCUUCUUAUGGAGGUUGAAGACCUUGAUCUGUUGGUGGAGCAUGUGGAUAGUACAAAUUAUAAAAGGACAUGUUUAUAUCUUACAAGUUCAGCAAAAUACCUUCCUGGACCAGAUGACAUGUUAGUUCUGGACAUUGCACAUUCAAUCUAUAUGAAAUUCAAUGAAUAUCCAAGAGCACUGCAGAUUGCAUUGUAUCUUGAUAAUUUUCAGUAUGUGAAAGAACUUUUCAAGAUAUGUAAGGAUCGUCAAAAGAGGCAGCAAUUUUGCUUUAUCCUGGCUCGCCACGGAGUUCCUUUCGAACUUGAUGACGAAACAUUUCCGGAAGAUGAAGAAAGGGAGGCUUUUCAAGAUAUCAUCAACAAUAAUAAGUUGAACGAAGGCUACCUUACACUUGCUCGUGAUAUUGAAGUUAUGGAGCCCAAAUCUCCUGAGGAUAUAUACAAGGCACAUUUACUUGAUGGCCGUGGUAGUGGUGGAAGUGCUGUUGAUUCUGCCAGGCAGAACUUGGCAGCGACAUUUGUGAACGCGUUUGUAAAUGCUGGUUUUGGUCAGGAUAAGCUGAUGACAGUUCCAUCUGAAGUAUCUAGUGGUGGUUCUUCUUCGAGCUGGCUCUUUAAAAACAAGGAACAUGGCAAGGCCAGUGCCGCAGCAAGUCUGGGCAUGAUUCUGCUGUGGGAUGUUGAUUCUGGACUUGCUCAACUUGACAAAUAUUUCCAUAGCACAGACACCCAUGUCGUUGCUGGCGCAUUACUAGGAGUCGGGAUUGUAAACUGCAAUGUCCAGAAUGAGUGUGAUCCUGCAUUGGCUCUUUUGGCAGAAUAUGUGGAUAAAGACGAUUCUGCAAUUAAAAUAGGUGCAAUAAUGGGCUUAGGUCUUGCAUAUGCGGGUGCUCAGAAUGAACAUGUUCGGGUUUUAUUAAUGCAAAUUCUUGGAGAUGGAAAGUCAUCCUUAGAUGUAAUUGCAUUUACUGCAAUCUCUCUAGGCUUGGUAUUUGUGGGUUCUUGUAAUGAAGAUAUAGCUCAGGCAAUCAUAAUUGCAUUGAUGGAUCGAAGUGAGGCAGAACUGGGAGACCCCUUAGCUCGUUUCUUGCCUUUAGGUCUUGGUCUGCUUUACCUUGGGAAGCAGGAUAGUGUAGAAGCUACAGCCGAAGUUUCAAAGACAUUUAACGAAAAAAUUAGAAAACACUGUGACAUGACCCUCCUAGCUUGUGCAUAUGCCGGGACAGGAAAUGUUCUAAAGGUUCAACACUUCCUCGGUCAGUGUGCACAGCAUCUUGAUAAGGGUGAAGCAUAUCAAGGACAAGCUGUUCUUGGAAUUGCUAUGGUAGCAAUGGCAGAGGAUUUGGGUCUUGAGAUGGCUAUUCGUUCGUUGGAGCAUCUUUUGCAGUAUGGAGAGCAGAACAUUAGAAGGGCUGUGCCUUUGGCUCUUGGUCUACUUUGCAUAUCAAACCCAAAGGUCAAUGUCAUGGACACGUUAAGCAGGCUCAGCCACGAUGCAGACUCCGAAGUUGCAAUGGCUGCCAUCAUUUCGUUGGGUUUGAUAGGUUCUGGAACCAACAACGCCAGAAUAGCUGGAAUGCUUCGCAACCUGUCAAGCUAUUAUUACAAAGAUGCCAGCCUUCUUUUUUGUGUGCGAAUUGCUCAAGGUCUUGUCCAUCUCGGCAAAGGAUUAUUGACACUUUCUCCAUACCAUUCUGAACGCUCUCUUUUGUCCCCGACUGCCCUUGCUGGGCUUGGGGUUAUGCUGCACGCAUGUCUUGGCAUGAAAGCUAUCAUUUUGGGGAAAUAUCAUUAUGUUCUAUAUUUCCUUACACUGGCCAUGCAGCCAAGAAUGUUGAUGACAGUAGACGAAAACCUGAAACCUCUGUCAGUACCGGUUCGUGUGGGUCAAGCAGUUGACGUAGUUGGUCAAGCGGGUCGACCCAAGACCAUUACGGGUUUCCAGACACACUCAACUCCUGUUCUUUUGGCUGCUGGUGAUAGAGCAGAGCUUGCGACCGACAAAUAUAUACCCGUAUCACCAAUUCUCGAGGGAUUCGUCAUCUUAAAAGAGAAUCCAGACUACAAAGAAGAGAGUUGAUUGACGGCUCUAAUUUAUUUAGGUUGUUUUGUUGGACCGAGAGUUAAUAGAUGGAUGAUGAUUAAAAGUGGAUUAGAAAAAUAUCUCGGAAUGUUUGAAUGCCAUGGAAAUGGAGCUCUGAUUGUGCUGACAGUAAAUUCUUCCUUUUUCGUAAUUUAGGGAGUUCAUGUACGGAUGCGAAUGGCAAUAUACUAUGAUGCUCUGCUUAUUUUCUCUGUUUUGAUGAUGAUGAAUGGAUACAUAACACAUCUGUAUGUUUACACUCUCAAUGUUUUAAGUAGAGAUUUUCAUCA